GAGAAAGAGCAGGAGCAGAUUGUGUUAUCAGAGAUGCCAUGCCAGACUCAGGGAGAGCUGAGAGCCCGAGAGCAGGAAGAGCAGCUCAGGCAGCAGGUGGAAGAGCCACAGGAGAAUGGCCAGAGCAUCAAGGCAGAGCCACAAGCAGAGCAGCCCGAAGCUCAGAGUGCCAUCACAGAAGUGAAGAAGAGGAACCAGGAAGACACGAGAAGAAUUCAAGAGGAGAUGAAUCUCCAUCAGCAGAGGGGCGAUCAACAAAACCAGGUGAGUGAAAGAGUGGCAGCCACUCCACUCGUGGAAGAUCCUCUCUCUUGUAUUUUACAGAACUUGAAGGAACAGCUGGACACAGACUUUCAGAAAGCUCACGCUAAGAUCAAGGCAAGGGAGAAGAGGCAGGAGGAAGAAAUUAAAAUCAUCAGAGAAAAACUUAAUCCCCUCCCUCAGGCUCUACAAAAGCAAGUGCAAGUGUUGACAUCUCACCGGGCAGCCAGCAAAGACUUCCGGCAAAUGAGUGGCAAUGAAGAGCCCCGAGGCUGGCGUGAGGCACAGGAAGUGUCCCCACCAAAGAUCUACAAGGGCUUUGUCACCAAACCUGCUGCAGCAACAGCAUGGUCUAAAGGAGCCUUUGCUCUCCAACCUGAGAAGUGGAGCCGGGGCGGUUUGUUCAUCUCCAGUGCUGACCCAGCUGCUGCUCAGCAACAGGAGAUCAAGGAUGACUCCCUGGAGCUACUGAGGAAAAUAGUGAACAUGGAAAAUCCCAUGAUGAAAUACACUGAACUGGAAUAUAUUGGCAGAGGGACUUUUGGAGAUGUUUGCAGAGCACUUGACAAUGCCACAGGAGAACAGGUGGCCAUAAAGAAAAUAAAUCUCCAAGAACUGAGGAAGAAGGAACUAAAAGUCAAUGAACUCAUGCUCAUGAAGACAAAUAAGAAUCCCAACCUGGUCAACUGUUUAGACAGCUACCGUGUGGAUGGGCAGCUCUGGCUGGUCAUGGAGUACAUGGACGGAGGCACUCUGAGCGAUGUCAUCAGCAAGACCUACCUGUCUGAAGACGAGAUGGCAGCCAUCAGUAGGGAGUGCCUGCAAGGCCUGGAUUUUCUUCACUCGAACCACGUGAUCCACCGAGAUGUGAAGAGCAGCAACAUCCUUCUUAGAACCGACGGCUCUGUCAAGCUGGCUGACUCUGGCCUCUUUGCUCAGCUCACCCCUGAGCAGAGUCGACGGAGCUCAGUGGCCGGCAUUUCUGGGUGGAUGGCGCCUGAAGUGGUGACAGGUCAACCAUGUGGCCCCAAAGUGGACAUAUGGUCUCUUGGAAUCGUGGGCAUUGAAAUGGUGGAACGAGAAGUUCCUUACUGGAAUGAAACUCCUGUUUCGGCUCAACUCCUGAUAGCCACAGGAGGGAGACCAAAGCUGCGGCAGCCCAACCUAUUUUCACCUUGCCUGCGUGACUUCCUGAGCUGCUGCCUGCAGACAGAUGAGGCACGGCGCUGGUCUGCCAAGGAUCUCCUGCAGCAUCCGUUUGUAACACUUGCUGAGCCUGCGUCCAGCCUGGUGCCACUGAUUGUUUCAGUGAAGAAGAGGAAGGAGACAAGAAUGUGAUAAUCACAUCAGGACCAUUACCAUUGACUUAGAGUAGGAUUGUAGGUUAGAGUUAGGGUUAGGGUUAGGGUUAGGGUUAGGGU